GUCUGUCUUCCUGCUCCCGCGACGCACGAUACAACAAGAUCGCAGCAUCACAUGGACCACCUUGAACGCUUUGUUCAAGAUCUCCAAUCGUCCGCGAAGAGGGCGUUUCCCAACUCUGCGUAUUCUCGAUACAAGGAGGUCGAAGUGCUGUUGAUUCGAUGGGAGGAAGACGAACUCGAAGUGGAAUGGGAACUCAACGAGCUACACAAGAUCUUCCGUGACCUGUAUGGGUUCUCGACUGAGCAGUUUCUCAUUCCAAGUCAAAACUCCCAUCGGAAACUCAACCUCAAAGCUUUAAGUUUCGUUGAAGAGCACGAGAACGAAGACACUCUUUUGAUCGUAUACUAUGGUGGACAUGGAGUCAUCAACAAAGCCAGACAGUCAACCUGGUCUUGCAAACAGGACAAGACUUACGCAACGGUAGAAUGGUCUGCCAUUCAGACCUUGUUCGAAAUGGCAAAAUGCGACGUCCUCCUGCUCCUCGACUGCUGUGCUGGUGCCAGUGCGGCUCCGCUUACUGAGCGGCCGACCAACAUCAAGGAAACAAUCGCAGCUUGUGGGUUCGAAACAUGGACACCACGCCCCGGGGCGCAGUCGUUCACUCAUACAUUGAUCGAAGUGAUGAAGGAGUGGGCCUCUCAACUCCCUUUCUCCGCCGCCAUGCUGCAUAGCGAGAUCCUGACUCGACUCAAACAUGCGCCGCCUCACCGGUCAUCUCAGGGAGCAUUGGUUGAGUCGAGGAAAACACCAGCUUACAUCGUCUCAACGCCCGACCCACAUACAGCCUCCAUCACCCUUGGCCGCAUGUUUGAAGAAGAGUCUUAUUCUCUCUCAUCGUCUCGGGCCGUACCCGGAUCCAUUCCCGGAAACCUCUCAGAGAAGGUGCAGUCAGACAGUUACGUCUCGAGUGAGGACCGCAUCCAGGCCCUAAUGGCGGUGGACGAUAAGGGACAGAGAGCGGCUCCACAUGUUCUCCUAACAGUUGCGCUGGAGGAGGACCAGGUGCUCGAUGCCGCAAGCUGCGCUCGAUGGCUGAAGCAGUUUCCACUUUUGGCAAAGUACGUGAGUGUUGAGGGCGUAUAUCGCAGUUACUCAACACUUCUGCUGUUGUCUGUGCCCGUCGUUUUGUGGGACUUGCUGCCAGAUCAUCCAGCAACGCAAUUUGUGGGAUACGUCAAGUCCCGCAACCUCGUGCCGAGGGAGGUGAUGCAUGACCGGGCAGCCACGCCAAUCCCUAUUACCAAAUACUCGGCUCGAGACCAGGCAGUCGAUCCCUUUGAUUGCGUUUCUCCGCUGAAAUCGACCUCGGGAUUGAGCAGCCUUGAUUCCGGAUACGACUCAAGUAUUCCGCGGCCAGCAACGCUGGCAGCAUUGAGACGUACCCGGCAAACAACGGAUGGCAUGGUUGGUUCUCUGGCUAGCCAGGUACUAGCGGGUAACAGACGAAACAAGCUGUCAUCAACGGAACUUCUAGGCCCGGAUCGACCAACCUCGGUGCCAGCCAACACAGGUUCGGGCUUACAGCAGGGGCUUGUGUCGACCAGCCAAAGACCAAAGCGUCUGAUCGUGUCUGUUAGGGAAGCAGACUUUGAUGACGACAAACUGGGCGUGACCUGCGUGCUUUGUUACGGGCACAAUGUCCAGCGAAGUCAGUUUGUGAGGAGGGCGACGUCAAAGCCGAUCUGGAACGAAGAGUUCCGCUUUGAAGUGCACAACUCACCAAUGUUCUAUCACAUGAGGCUCUCGGUGUGGGGAGACCAGAUGCUAGAGCUCAUUGGUGAACUGCACAUUGACCUUUGUGAGUUGGUGCUAAAAGGCCAGCUUCCGGACCUGGAUGAAUGGCAGAGCCUAUGGCGCGAUGGAAAGAAAACGGGGUCGAUCCGCAUCAGGUUACAAUACCUAGACGUGAGCGAGGAUGAGGAGCGACAGGCGGCAGAGACCAAGGCGACGGCGGCGCAACGGCACCAACAGCGACAAUGGCUGGAACGGCAACAGAGCGAUGACGGGCAAGCUCGGGUGCAGCAGAUGGAUUUUCAGGUCUGGUAA